AAACAGAUGCUGUCCAGAGCAGGCGGAAGAGGUGCAACAGGGCGAGGCUCAGGAGGAGAGCAGAGUGCGGAUCGCAACAUGUGGAUGGAGGACAGUGUUGCUCAGCUAUGAACACCAUGCUAAGUCCCAAGAUUAGACAGUCCAGGAGAGCCAGGUCUAAGAGCAUGAUCAUGGGGGAGCUCUCCCGUGGCUCCAGCAGGCCAUCGUCUCCCAGCCUCCAAGACAGGGCGCUGAAAGCAGGCUGGCUUAAGAAACAGCGCAGCAUCAUGAAGAACUGGCAGCUGCGCUGGUUUGUGCUUAGAACUGACCAGCUCUACUUCUACAAAGAUGAGGAGGAAACCAAACCCCAGGGAUGUAUCCCGUUGCAGGGUAGUCAAGUCAAUGAGCUGACAGCCAAUCCUGAUGAACCUGGGCGGCAUCUUUUUGAAAUAGUUCCAGGUAUCUUUGGCCAGCGCCUGGAGGACACAGUACAGUAUGAGAGAAAGUUUGGACCCCGACUGGCCCCUCUGCUGGUGGAGCAGUGUGUGGAUUUCAUACGGGAGCAGGGUCUGAAAGAGGAAGGUCUCUUUAGGAUGCCAGGACAGGCCAACCUGGUCAAAGAACUGCAGGAUGCUUUUGACUGUGGGGAUAAGCCUCUGUUUGACAGUAACACUGACAUUCACACAGUGGCGUCCCUCCUGAAGCUUUACCUCAGGGAGUUGCCAGAGCCUGUGAUCCCCUUUAAUAAAUAUGAGGACUUCCUAACCUGUGCACAGCUUCUGCUAAAAGAUGAAGAAGUGGGACUCAGUGAGCUUGUGAAGCAGGUGAACACUCUUCCUCAGGCUAAUUAUAAUUUGUUAAAGUACAUUUGCAAAUUCUUAGAUGAGGUGCAGUCACACUCGCAUGAGAACAAGAUGAGCGUUCAGAACCUCGCAACAGUUUUUGGACCAAAUAUCCUUCGGCCUAAAGUAGAGGACCCUGUUUCAAUGAUGGAAGGAACCUCCCAGGUUCAGCACCUGAUGACGGUGUUGAUCAGUGAACAUGAGCGUCUGUAUGUGGGGACUGAGGAAGAUGUGUCUUCCGAGCAGACAGGAAGUUGUCUUCCAGGUCAGCAAGGCAUGGCGGAGUGGAUCUCCGAUGAGGAGAUGCUGAACUGCUCAUCGCUGAGCCAGACGUCCAAAGUAGCAGAUAGUGUGUGUGGCAGUGCCACGUCUUUAGAUAUCAAUACAGGUGCCCCUACCAUUGCCAAAAUGACACCUCAGGGAAAAGCUGGGGUGACGGUGAGCCCCAGCAAACAAGCGAAAUCCCUCCCCUCCUGGAAAUACUCCUUCAAGAGCGGAGGAGUACGCGCUCAGCCUGCAAAAAUUGGGGGCUCAUCUGUGGACGUGUCCACCUUGCCCAGUACGGGCAACUGGUUGAUGAACGGGCUUUCCUCUCUGCGCAGCCACCGGCGUACGUCAUCCGGAGAGCGCAUGGGUAAGGAUUCAGCCCUGUCACACCGUCUGUCCACUUACGACAACGUGACCUCAUCCAGUCUCAGCGUACCCAGCGUCGCAAGCACGCCCUGGUCCACAUCCUCCAGUGAGAUCUUAGUGGCCGACUCUGUGGGUAGUGACCCCUCUGGACUGAACUCUGUGAAGGUGGACUGGUCAGCUGGAGGAUCUGUCCAAGGGCAAAGUGAAGACAGGAAUUCGGAGGUCACUGAGAGCAGCGAAGCACUGGAAAUGUAUGUGAGCAGUGCAGGCUGCAGUGAGAAUGGAAAUGGAGAAGAUGUGGUGAACGUCACAGGAGAUACUGAUAUUAGCACGACAGCAUUUAACGGCCUGGUAACAGAGCUGAAAGACGAGUUAAAGAAACAGAAGGCCAACUACGAAACUCGAAUACGAAGGCUAGAGGAAUCAAGUGUCGCUAUGCGUAACCAAAUGGAGAGACUAGAGGAGGAGCUGGAUCAGGAGAAGAAAAAGUAUUGCAUGUUGGAAAUUAAAAUCCGUAACUCUGAGCGGGCCCGUGAGGACGCAGAGACCCGCAACCGCUUGCUUCAGAACGAGAUGGAGGAGUUCUUCUCCACUUUGGGAGAUCUUACAUUGGGAACAAGGACAAGCAAAAUUUGACUGGACCUCUUAACAGGCCUCCUGAUUUAACACUGAGAGACUAUGUGUUUGUUGUAGAUAGAAUUUCGAAAUCUCUCUGCUCAUGCAUCAUGAGUAUUCAGAGGUAAUUUUGUGCUGUUUUGUUAUGGCGACUUGGUCAUGUGCAGCAGUUACACUUUUCUCUCUGAUCUUCAGUCUUACAUUUUAAAGGGAUAGUUCACACAAAAAUACAAAUUCAAUGGAUAUUUACUCA